CCAAAUAAAGUCGCAGAAUCUAAACUUGGUAUGAUCGUAUGAACACAAACUUAAUAAAACUCUUGCUUUGUCUUAUUAAUCUUUCUUAACUUUCUUCUUCUUUUCUUGUGAGAUCAUCUUACACUUUGAUCUCUUUAUAUAGGCAAUAGAAACCUUAACUUUCUCCUAUUACAUAUUGAUCUAGGAAUUUUAUCUUUAACUUAUCUUAAUCCUAAAUCUAAUAGAUUUUGUUAUUCAUCUUUCCUUUUUAUGAAUAACUUGUUUCCUAAGCUUUCUCUUGAAGCUUAUCCAACAGUUUUAUGUCUCUUUCUCAACCACCAAACGUGCUUCAUCCAACCAAUUUUUUUAUCUUUAACCCAACGUGAUCAACACCAAUCCAUAGUUAUAGGAAGCUAUUUUGCAAUGAAGAUUUUGAUGAUUAAAAGUUAAAAUCUCUUAUGAAGUGAUAUGCAUGCAACUAAAGGUGAGAUGAUAUCUAAUGUUUUUUUUAUUUAAUGUCCUUAUAUUCGAGGAAUGCCAUUGAAACUUAUUCAUUGAAAUUUUUGGAGCUACAACUUAUCGAAGAACUAUCAUUAUAUUCAUUUUGACCAGUCCAUUCUUAACAUACACCUUAAAUAAACCCUAUUAUUCAUAUUCGCGAGCUUGUCAGCCUCAAUCAUCAUGACAAAUGUAUUCUUGUUGAGCAAAAUUCCAAAACAAGGUUUUUCUUUAUCUCAGACACGUGCUUUACAUUUUGCAGAAUGACUUCAUAUCCAUAUAUCAUCUUCAGAACCAUUUUACAGUGAACUUCAAUCAUGAAGUCUUAUGAGUUACCCAUUAACAACUGCUCCUAAGUUUUGCUUUUCUGAUAGGUGAUGAACAUCAACCUAUCGGUACAAAUGGGAGUGUUAGCUCUUGUAUCAUACCAUCGUUCCUUAGGGUGUUGUUUUCAACCAUAUUGACCUCAGUCACCACUACACAAAGGUUUUGUUUAGCAAGAUUGGUUUGAGCCUUCUCAUCAUUGAUAUUUCUGCAUUGCACAUGAGACUUGUGUCCAAUUUUGUUGUAGUAGUGACAUUUCCCCUUGAACUUUUCUACAUUUGCUUCAGUGGCUUUUUAAGUUUGUUCCAAAAGCCAUCAAGGGUGCAGCCAUUUUGCAAAACUUAGCAGAAGAGCUAGACUUUUUAUUUUCCUUGUCCUUUCAACUCAGCCAUGUUGACAUUGUGCUCUUUAAUGAUGAGCUUGUCAACACUUCGAUUCCUGGAUUCCAUCUGAAGCUUCAUUAUGAUGUAUUCAGGAUUGAUUUUCUUCUUUUUUGUGCUUUAAGUAGUUUUUGAUUGUUAGCCACCAGGGAGGGAGAGUUUCAAUGAAGCAAAUUGUUGUGAAUUUCUCACAAAUGAAAAUUCCUUCAACAUCAAUAUCAUGCACAAAAUCUUUAAAUCUUCAACUUGAUCUAAGAUUAGUUUUAAAUCCACAAUUUUGAAGUUAAGGAACUUCUUAAAUGCAAAUUUUUGGCAGCCAGAGUCAUCACUUCUAUAUUUUUUUUUUCUAAGGAUCUUUAGAACAAUUUUAUAGUGGGAAUCUUACAGUAUAUUAUGUACAAUAGGUCAAUGAGGUGACUCAAAUCCAGACUUGGGAGAGGAACUCAGAUUGCACCGAUAUCUCAACACUCCCAAAAGUGUGGACAUCAUCAAUCCCGUGAGGCAUAAGGGGGUUUGUCUUCAUUGAUGAAUUUUCCAUGUUUUUUUUUCGUGUGGCCGCAAUUGUUUUCACUCAAAAUCUAGGUGAUUUCAUCACAUAAUCAACUAUAUUUAGCACUAAUGUAAUAAAAAUUAUACUAAACAUGUGUUUUCAAUCAAAAAUCUACCUUUUUAUGUUUUGUUCCGAUCUGGAUAAAACAAUGAGUUAUGCGGUUUUGUUAAAUACACGCUUGCAUUUUUUAUUCCACACAUAGUACGGUUUUUAUACAGCCCACCAAUUUAACUGAAUCAAUCUGAUUCGUCAUGUCCCCCUCUCGCUUAUUGAUUUUACAAUUGCAGAGUAUGUUGUGUGGCCAUGUUUUCAAACAUGAAUUUUGAAAUAUCAAAUCUAUUAAAAAGGAGUACAAAAUUAGAUUACCCUUAGUUUUCCAAUAUCUUUACACUUACAUGGCACUGAUGUAUUAACUGAAGCUAUAUUUAUGGAUUUUUGUCUUUAACUUAACGGAUUAUUAAUUGAUUUAUCUGAAAUUAAAUUUAUAAUUUCCAAACAAAAACAAUUGACAUCACCCUUAUAUAUACUUCUAUAUUAUUAAAAUUGAAGUACAUUUUGGAAUUGUUUGGAAACAUGAAUAACAAUAUAAUUGAGAAUUAUUUGGAAACAUAGAUAAAAGUAUAACAAGUAUAGUGUUCUUUUAGUAAUUUUAUUAAUUAUAUUAACUUAACAAUAUAUCACAUAAUUAAUUAUAAUUAAAAGGCUUACAGCUGUGAGUACCGCCACUUGGGUUCGAAUCCCGGCUACUAGGAAAUUAACAUUUCGGCAUCACCAGGGACAGAUGACCGACACGUGGCAACACGUGACUAGUCUGGAUCAUUUCUAUGGGGUCAGGAUACCUCUGUAUAAUUCAAAAAUAAUUAUAGUUACCUUAACAGUACAUCAAAUCAUUAAUUAUAUUACCAUAAAACUAAUAGUGUAAAUGUUUAUUUAUUAGUUAAUCAACAUUAACUUUGUGAAAAUUAAAUGUUAAAUAAUCGGAUUUUGCAUAUUAAUUUUUUUUUUCAUAUUAAUAUUUUGGUGUAAUCAGUUUUACUAAAACUCCUUUUAUCUUAGUACCAAUCAGUGAAAAAUUUCGUAGCCAAACACAUAAUUCAAAGACAUAGUUUAUGUGAACAAAAUAAUAACUUAAAUCAAAAUAAUUAAAAUGUAUUACAUUUAUUGUCACUUAAUGUUUCAUUCCAUAUAACUGUUUUACUAAAUAAAAAAACUUUCUAUUUCCCUUAUUUUAGUCAAACAUGUAGAAAGGAUUAAAAAAAAUAUAUUUACAGAAUCAAUUAGGUAUGGACAUUCGGGUACUCAUUCAUGUACAAUUUGUUUCUUUCGGGAUCAAUUUUUUUUUUUGGUUUUGAAAUUAGUUUCCGGUGGGAUAUUAUAAAUUUAUGUGUGGGGUCUCGAGUUGAGUUCUCCCAUGUCUGAAUGAUUUUGAUUCUCAUGUGUAGGAACAUAAAAAUAUCUGAAUAACCAAUAUAUCUGAAACGAGUUCGGAUAUUUGUACCAAAAAUAAUCUAAUUACUCGAUUCAGUCUGGAUCUUUAGAAUACAAUUAGUUAUACGGAGACACAACUAAAAUAUAUAACACUAAUCAUGAAAACGAAUAUCAAUAUAUAAAAACAUAAAAAUCAAUACCUGCACAGGCGUCCGGAUUAAACUCUAGUGAAUAUUAUAAAUAAUUAUACUUGAUAAAAUUUCAAAUAUUAUGGUGGUUCUUAUCGCAUAUGGUUCUUGGAUAUGGUGGUUGAUGCUCGUGUGGUGGUUUUCAUGAGGUCAUGCGUGUAAGGCGAUGGGGUGUGUGCUGUAGUGGAAACUCAUUGGAUGUAGUUUUGGGUCGUUGAUGUGUUGGAGACGGUGGAUCUGCUUUAUUUCGAAGUUUUUCCAACAUCUUCUCUUCCAUCGUUGAUCUUCUCUACUUCAACCUCCGCUUUCGCUAACAUGGAGUAAGUUUUCUUUUUUUUUCUUUUUUUAAGGAGGGUCGGCCGAGCGAGCCAACCCUAUGGGGGUUUCCAGAAAUAAUGUCGGCCCAUACGUCUUGAUUGUGCCAUACAGCACUCACCCUUUUAAUCUUAGGCUGAGCGUGGUAUAAAUAGCCAUCCGACGCUUUUUUAACAUGGAGUAAGUUUGAUCCUUUCUUCUUCUGUUUUGGUAGAUUUCGUCGGUUUUCUUUUCUCAAAUCUAAUAAUGGUAGUUUAUUGGAGACUUUCUGUGCCGAUACAGCAAUUUCUUCAUGCAACAGUCGCUUCUUUCCAUUAGGGCUUGAGAAGAUGGUAUGUAUCUGUUUGGUUAGUGUGGUGUUCUUCUUUUGAGAUCUUCUUGUAGUGAAGAUCUUUUUUCUGAAGAUGACGGAGACGCGAGUUUUUUCUCCCUGUUAAGUUUUGGGUUUCUUUUGUGUGUUUAAUCUGAUUUUGGGUUACUAAAUUUUUUGUUUUGGUUGUUGGGGUUUAGGUACGAGCUCAAUUUUGUACUUUUAUAAGGGUGAUUAUAAAAUCCGAAAAAUACAAAAAGUUAUUAAUAGCAAACAAAAUUUCAAAGAAAAAGAAUUUUAAAUGUUACAGUUAAUAAAUAUUUUAUAGUAUUGAUCAAAAGCCACUUCAUCAUUGUCAAUCACACACAUGUAUAUAUAUAUAUAUAUAUAUAUAUAUAUCUAUAAACAUAAAUAAUUUCGAACUUGGGAAAGAAGCCACAAAUUUUUAUGUUUUAGAUAGAAAAUUCAUUUAGUUUUGGAAUUUGUUUUUAAUAGUAAAGACUAUUGUACAUUUGAUCAAUUAGUUUAAAGUUGAAAGCAAAAAAAAGUUUAGUGUUUUAAAAAUAUUUUGAGCAAGAGCAAAUGUAAGGGUUUCUCUAUUUUCGGUAACUAAAAUCACACACCAACUUUCUUAAAAAAAUGCUUCUUUCUCGAGAGUUGUCAAAAAACCAAAUGAAAAGAUACGAUGUGGAUUAGAUGGAACGGACCAGAACUAAAUUGAGAUCCUCUACGAACACGAAAAGUAAAAAUAGUGCAUGAGGUUACGUGGAAUUAAUAUCACGGAGCCAAAAUGAGAAAAAAAGACCAAAGCAACUAACUAACUAACUAACACAAAAACUGUCAUUAAGACGGAGACUGAGAGAGAAGAGGCAUGCUUGUCGGGAUGAAGACAGAGCAAAUCUCCAUUUUUCUUACCAAAAACUCUCUAUGUCUUUCUCUCUCCCCUUUCUAUCUUCCUUUUAGGUACUAAUGUCUUGCUAAUUUUGUAUUAAAUCUCUCAAGUUUAGCAUUCUUUUGUUUGUUGUUAGUUGUUAGAUAACGAACAUAAUAAGACAGAAAACAUGUCCAAAUUUUCUCAAUGUUUUGGUGUUUGUUUUUUUGAGACAAUUCUAGUGAUUAACGGAAAGAAGGCAGAGAGUUUUGAUUUCUGAGGUUUCCUCUUCUCUGAUGGCUUCUUCCCCUGAAUCAUCUCCUCCUCCGUCAAAUUCAAGUUCAACCUCCUCCACUCCACCGUCUCCUCCUUCUCCUACUCAAGGAGACUCAUCAUCUCCACCUCCUGAUUCCAGCUCGCCACCAGCUCCACAAGCUCCUUCUCCUCCCAGUUCUAGCAAUAACUCUCCUCCUUCUCCGGCAUCACAAGGCGGUGGAGGAAAUGGCGGCGGAAAUCAGUCUCCACCGUCACGUGGCUCCCCUCCUUCUAGGGGUGGAGAUAAUAGUGGCAGCAGAUCGUCACAGUCUGGAAACAAUGGGGGAUCUCGCUCGGAUAAUUCUCCUUCUGGCGGAAGUGGUGGAGGAGGCGGAGGAGGAGGAAAUAAUACGAAUACGGCGAUCAUAAUAGGUGUACUAGUUGGAGCUGGACUACUGAUGAUCGUGCUUAUUAUUGUGUGUCUUAGACGCAAAAAGAAGAGAAAAGAUUCCUUCUACCCUGAAUCCAUGAAAGGAAAUCAAUAUCAAUACUAUGGAAACAACAACAACAACAACAACAACAAUUCUUCACAGAAUUACCCAAAUUGGCAUCUAAAUUCACAAGGCCAAAACCAACAACCUCCUAAUAGUUGGGGAGGCGGUGGACCAUCACUGCCUCCUCCUCAGCAGAUGCCUACAAGUGGAGAUGCUUCCUCCUUGUACUCGGGACCAGCACGCCCGGUUUUACCUCCUCCUCCGCCUACUCUAGCCCUUGGAUUCAACAAAAGCACUUUUACUUACCAAGAGCUCGCAGCUGCAACAGGAGGUUUUGCGGAUUCUAACCUUUUGGGACAGGGAGGUUUCGGCUAUGUCCAUAAAGGGGUGUUAUCUAGUGGUAAAGAAGUCGCAGUUAAGAGCUUAAAAUCGGGUAGCGGACAAGGAGAAAGAGAGUUUCAAGCUGAGGUUGAUAUCAUUAGUCGUGUGCAUCAUCGAUAUCUUGUUUCUUUGGUUGGCUAUUGCAUAGCUGAUGCACAAAGAAUGUUGGUUUAUGAAUUUGUUCCUAAUAAUACUUUGGAGUAUCAUCUUCAUGGGAAGAAUCUUCCAGUAAUGGAUUUCUCCACCAGGAUGCGCAUCGCCUUAGGUGCUGGGAAAGGACUUGCUUACCUUCAUGAAGACUGUCAUCCUCGGAUCAUUCACCGUGACAUCAAGUCUGCAAACAUUCUCUUGGACUUUAACUUUGAUGCAAUGGUGGCUGAUUUCGGAUUAGCUAAGUUAACUUCUGAUAACUAUACUCAUGUAUCUACUCGUGUGAUGGGAACUUUCGGAUAUCUAGCUCCAGAGUAUGCUUCAAGCGGUAAAUUAACAGAGAAAUCAGAUGUUUUCUCGUACGGUGUCAUGUUACUGGAACUAAUCACUGGAAAACGACCGGUUGAUAGUAGCGGCACCAUGGAUGACACUUUAGUGGAUUGGGCUCGUCCUAUCAUGGCUCGUGCACUAGAAGAUGGAAACUUUAAUGAGCUUGCCGAUGCAAGGCUUGAAGGCAACUACAACCCUCAAGAAAUGGCUCGAAUGGUUACUUGUGCUGCUGCUAGUAUUCGCCAUUCUGGACGUAAACGCCCAAAGAUGAGCCAGAUUGUAAGAGCAUUAGAAGGAGAAAUGUCACUAGAUGCUCUAAAUGAAAGUGUGAAGCCUGGAAAUAGCAAAGUUUACGGGACAUCAGGAACAAGCACGGAUUAUAGUCAGACAUCAUACAAUGCAGACAUGAAGAAAUUCAGACAUGUAGCUUUGUCGAGCCAAGAGUUCCAAAGCAGUGAAGCUGAAGGAUCAUGUAGCACUGAUUCCCGAGAGACUAAAAGUCCGGCUGCUCCUAAAUGAAAUCUCUCAUGAAGCCACCAGAGAUGAAUCGACUUCCUCAUGGUAAGAUUAACGAAAGAAAGGAUUCUUGAGGGAUUUUGAGGUUUAAAAAAUAAAGCCAUGUAAGCUAAACAGCAAUGUCAUUGUUACGUUUAGAUUGUUCUUCACGUAUAAGCAAACCCAUGACACUUAUGAAAUUAGGCUAUGACACUAUGGGAUUUCUAAAACUUUAUUCUAAGACUCAGUUACUCCAAUAAUCUCACUCAUGUUUGUCCUUUAGCUAAAUAGAUCUCAUUUUAUCUCAGCUAAAUAGAUCUCCAUCAUAGACUAUUAGACUGUGUAUUUGCCAAAACAUCAAAUUCUUCAAGAUAUGUUUUAUCAUGCCACUUGAACAAGUUUUUUUUUUAAGUUUUCAACACAAUCGUUAAAGCUUCACAUUGUCACUUCCUAGGUAUCACAUGACCUAAAUCCAUUGAUAUUUUGCAUUAUGAAACACAUCUUCAAACUAAAAUUUCAGAAAUGAAUUUCGACCUUUUCAAGCUGAAAAAUAAAUCAAGAUUAAAUAAUUCAAGCUUGCAGAAAAUAUACCAAAACGAGUUUGCAUAAACUGGCUAACCAGAGAUUCAAUCACUUCUUUCACCAAACGAAGAGCCUCAUUUUUAUUUUGGGUAAUUUUAAAAGGGUUAAUUUGCUACCUAACUAAAAUGGGAAAAACAAUGAAGAGAAUGAACUGAUUUUGACAUAAUAUAGAAACUUAAAAUUAUGUACGACUUGAGCCGGUUAUACACUUCUUGCGUACAAGUACUCUGGUAAAUGAGGUACAAAGGUGAUGACGUCCACUACUUCAGAUGUGGACAAUAUUUACGGAGGCCUAUUCCCUAUUGACACAAUGGAAGCAUCCAUCCACAUGCAUACUUACUGCAUAAAGUUUCACUGUGUGCAGUAAAUAUGUGGAUAAAAAAUAAAACACUUUUACAAUAAAUGGUAUAAUCUCAGAGUAUUUUAUUCCAUAUAGUCGAAAUAGUAUAGGACUUCAAUUCCACUCUCAAACCCUAAAUAAUAAACCUUACCCAACCUUUAACUACUAACCUUAAACCCUAGCAACUAGACCCUAAAUCCAAAUAUAAAUAUAAAUUAUAAUAUAUAUUUUUUAAAUAAAAUCAAAAUCUGAAAUUUAUAAUACUUUAUAAUAUUUUGUUUUUCAUGUACAUUACAUAAUAUGGACCCUUAAUAAAACAAUAUAGAAAAUAGUCCAUUCUAUUUACAUUAGUUGAGCAUCAUAUCUAAAAUAGUACGAGAAGAAAUCAAAGCUUUUGUUGAUGCAGAAAACAUCCUUCAACUAGACACAAUCCCUUUGUCAAAUUGAACGAAAUGAAUUUUAUAUUCCAAGCAAUCAUACAAAAUGGCAGAGAAGAGAAAAAUUUAAAUGCAUGACAUAUUGUUCUAUUUUAAACAAAUAAUGUAGACAAAAAUAAAGAAUACAAAACUAUAUUUGAAAGUAUAGUAACCUUAUAUAAAUAACUGUACUAAAAACACAUACUAUGCUAUAGUUUUUUUUUCAUUGAGUCAAUAUGAAUCUGUAAAGUUGAUGACAAAAAAAAAACUAUAAUUUCUUUUUUU